GUGGGAGAAAGCCAGCUGGACCGAUCAAAAAAGCAUCGAUGAGUUCUUCGUACGAAACGUCGUGGUGCUGGAUGUUUAUAAGUUUGUCUCGUUUCUCGAGCUGGGGUUCCUGCUGCAGUACCCCAGGAGGGUGUCCGUCAUAAACGCCGGGGUGUUUGUGAUGCCUUGUAUGACGUCCGGCCUUCUGGUGAACCUUCAGUACCUGGACAUGUCUGACAACCUGCUGACCGACAUGACUCUGAUCGAGACACUGUGCAAAGGAAACGGCACACUGAAGGACAUCCGAGUUUUAAACAUCAGUGGAAAUGCUCUGAAGAGUUUGUCCACACUGAGCCAACUGGUAGCAAAGCUCUACAAACUGACCCACCUGGACAUCAGCAGGACCAACUACAACUCCAUGCCUCCAAGCUGCUCCUGGCCCUCCACCUUGCGAUACCUCAACAUCUCCGGGGCUAAACUUGACAACAUUACUCUCUGUCUACCUGCAACUCUGGAGGUGUUGGAUCUGAGCAACAAUAAUCUCAAAGACUUCACUGUGGCCCUGCCUGCCUUGAGGGAGCUCCACCUCUCUGGGAAUAAGUUUCUGAGGCUGCCUUCAGGAUACUUGUUCCCCAAUCUGCAAACACUGACCAUACAGUCAAACACCUUAAACGUGUUCAGCCAUUCAGAUCUUCAGUCAUACACACGACUCCAGAAUCUCCAGGCGGGUCAGAACAAGUUUGUCUGCUCCUGUGACUUUGUUGCCUUCCUCCAGUCCGGCAUUAAGGAAGGUGGAGAUGUGCAUUUAACAGACGACGAGGAGAGCUACGUCUGCGACUCUCCCUUCUACCUGCAGGGGAAAUCAGUGGGUCAAGUCCGCCUCUCGGUUGUUGUGUGCCACCAGGUUUUGUUCGUGUCCGUGAGUUGCGGGGUGGCACUGUUUAUUGGGGUUCUGGUGAGCAUCAUACUAUGGCGCCUCCAUGCCUUCUGGUACCUCAAGAUGACAUGGGCGUGGCUGAAGGCCAAGCAUAGUUCCCGGCACCGGCGGCGACUCAGAGAUGGGGCAGAUUCAGAAACAUUGCUAUCCUUUGAUGCCUUUGUUUCCUACAGUGAAAGAGACACUGGCUGGGUGGAAACCUACUUGGUACCUGAGCUGGAGGAGCCAACGGAGAUCGAUGGAGACGCUGCGAAUUACAGAACUGCCCGGCCAUUGACCCUGUGUCUCCACAAGCGGGACUUCCUUCCUGGACAGUGGAUUGUGGACAACAUCAUGAGCGCCAUAGAGCGCAGCCGACGGACUGUGUUCAUCCUCUCCGAGAAUUUUGUCCAGUCUGAUUGGUGUCGCUACGAGCUGGACUUCUCCCACUUCUGGCUUUUCGAUGGGGAAGCCGGCGGAGAGCCGGCCAUCUUGAUCCUGCUGGAGCCGCUGUCCAAGGACGACGUCCCCAAACGCUUCUGCAAACUGCGCAAACUCAUGAGCUCCACCACGUACCUGGAGUGGCCUCAGGAGGAGGAGCGGAGGGGGGAGUUCUGGAGGAGUCUCCGCAAUGCUUUGGGAGGAGAAGGAGACUGGGAUGAAUGAGAAAGUGAUAUGGAUUAAUGGUGAGCAGAAAAGGCAAGACUAGGAUAAGGAACUCAGCAGUAAGAGAAAUGGCAAGAGGAGAAGAGGACAAGAGAGGAGUGAACAGUCAACG